GUCAGUGCUUGACAGUUGCAGCGGAAAACAACUGUAUUGCAGUCCGGCGGUGUGUUUAGAAGUGAGGGGUCGGGAAAGCAGUCAAGCUCGCUCGUCAGCGAACCUCAUCCCUCACUCGAGUGCGAGUCCACGUUUUGUCUCAGUGGUCAGCGUUGUGGUAACCGGCUCUGCUUUACGGCGUGGAGGGAACCCAGCUCAGCUCGGAGACAGAUCCACGAAGCAAGCAGAAAGGAGGGGAGACAUGGCAACGACAACCUGUACACGCUUCACCGACGAAUACCAGCUUUACGAAGAGCUCGGGAAGGGAGCUUUUUCAGUCGUGCGACGUUGCGUCAAGCUGUGCACAGGCCAAGAAUAUGCUGCCAAAAUAAUCAACACCAAAAAGCUCUCAGCGAGAGAUCACCAGAAGCUCGAACGUGAAGCCCGCAUCUGUCGUCUUCUUAAGCACCCCAACAUUGUUCGACUCCAUGACAGUAUAUCAGAGGAAGGCUUCCACUACCUCCUGUUUGACUUGGUCACUGGUGGGGAGUUGUUUGAAGACAUUGUAGCUAGAGAGUAUUACAGUGAAGCUGAUGCCAGUCACUGCAUCCAUCAGAUUCUAGACAGUGUCAGUCACAUUCACCAACAUGACAUAGUGCACAGGGACCUGAAGCCUGAGAACCUGCUCCUUGCCAGCAAAUGCAAGAAUGCAGCAGUGAAGUUAGCCGAUUUCGGUCUGGCCAUUGAAGUGCAAGGGGACCAGCAGGCCUGGUUUGGAUUUGCUGGAACACCAGGGUACCUGUCUCCUGAGGUGCUGAGGAAAGAGGCUUAUGGGAAACCCGUGGACAUUUGGGCUUGUGGGGUCAUACUCUACAUUCUGCUGGUGGGCUACCCUCCUUUCUGGGACGAGGACCAGCACAAACUUUACCAGCAGAUCAAAGCCGGAGCCUAUGACUUUCCUUCUCCAGAGUGGGACACAGUCACCCCUGAAGCCAAGAACCUCAUUAACCAGAUGCUCACCAUCAACCCAGCCAAAAGGAUCACUGCACAGGAAGCACUUAAACACCCAUGGGUCUGCCAACGCUCCACUGUGGCCUCCAUGAUGCACAGACAAGAGACAGUAGAGUGCCUGAAGAAGUUCAACGCGAGGAGGAAACUGAAGGGCGCCAUUCUCACCACCAUGCUGGUGUCUCGGAACUUCUCUGUGGGCCGGCAGACCACAGCACCGGCCACAGUCUCAGCGGCCGCAGCAGCUGCUGCAGCUGCAGCCGGCACUACCGCCGGCCUGGUGGAACAAGCCAAGAGCCUGCUCAACAAGAAGGCUGAUGUCAAGAAACGGAAAUCCAGCUCCACUGUUCAGUACAUGCCCCAGUCAAACAGCACGAAAAACAGCAUAGUCACCAGUCCCAAGGGAAACAUCCCCUCUCCUGCUCUGGAGGCUCAGACCACUGUUAUCCAUAACCCAGUGGAUGGGAUCAAGGAGUCCUCGGACAGCAGCAACACCACAAUCGAGGACGAGGAUGUUAAAGGAAAAAGCCUAGAUAGCGGCUCGUUUAAGGCCGCCUCAGAGUCCAGCCAGUCUCCUCCAGGCCCUGCCCCGGCCAUCUUCUCCUCCAAGCUGACGGACAUCCUGGGCUGUGUACGCAGGGGCUCCGGACCCACCGCCCCGCCCAACACUGAAGGAGGAGCCCCAUCUGUUCCUUCUCCUCCACACACUCCUGCCAUUCAGACUCGCUUGACCAAUCUGGUGAGCAGCAUGGGCCGUGCCCCGGUCCCUUCGCAGCCUGAGCCGGAGACGGCCCCCGCACCCCCUUCCCAACCCUCCUCCCCUCCGAUCCCGCCACGCUCCAACCCUUCCCUCUCCGUUCGGACUCGCAAACAGGAGAUCAUUAAGAUCACGGAGCAGCUCAUUGAGGCUGUGAACAAUGGAGACUUCGAGGCCUAUGCGAAGAUUUGCGAUCCUGGGCUGACUUCCUUUGAACCCGAGGCAUUGGGUAACCUGGUAGAGGGGAUGGACUUCCACCGGUUCUACUUUGAGAACUUGCUGUCUAAGAACAGUAAGCCCAUUCACACCACCAUCCUGAACCCUCACGUGCACCUGAUCGGCGAGGAUGCCGCCUGCAUCGCCUACAUCCGCCUCACGCAGUUUGUGGACAGCCAGGGCCGGCCGCGCAGCAGCCAGUCAGAGGAGACGCGUGUGUGGCAUCGUCGCGACUCUAAAUGGCAGAAUGUGCACUUCCACUGCUCAGGCGCGCCUGCCGCCCCACUCCAGUGAAGAGUGGGACCGGGCAGGACGUCUUUCGACAAGAGUGCUCUUGCAGAGGAGAAAGGAGAGGGAGGAUGGGACGGCAGGAAGGUGUCCAGCGUUGGAGAGCUCAGGAUCUUCCAGCCUUCCAGCUCUGCCACACAGCCGUCUACGCCUGCAUGCAAACCUACACCUGUCUCUCCACCUACUGGGCUGCUCUCCACUACUGCAUCCUUCCCCACCCCUGCCACUGCUAUCGCACCCUGCGGGAUUCGCUCCAACACAGGCCAAACACAACACCAGUACACGAAACAAACCACACCACGCCACUAUAUACUGCAGCUUACCGUGUCUAUGCCAAGAUUCACCCAAGUGAUUGACGACACACAUAUCAGUCCCAGAGAGUGAGCACAGACUCUAGCUAACUGAUAACUGGUGUUCUAGCCUGCGCAAAUGCCUUCUCUCCUACAGCCCCCCUCUUCCCUCCUCACGCACUCCACUCUCGUCUCCAUUGGCCUUAUGCCCUACGUGCCCAGGCACUCCUAACUAUAAUAGAUCAUGUUUUAAUGAAGUACUAUAUUGGUAUUAUUAUUAUUAUUACUAUUAUUAUUAUUAUCAUUAUUAUUCCCAUGGUUACUACUUUUAUUAUUACUAUUUGUCAUUUUAAGUAUUGCUGUUGUUCUGUUGAGGCUGUAUAUUUAAUAGUCAAAUUAUUGAUGCCAGUUGUACAUGGAUUUGAACCGUUUUUUUCCUGGAAGCAUGGAUUUUUAGUAUUAUUCAGUGGGGGUUUUAUUUGUUUAUUUGAGUAAGAUGAAGUCUACUUUUGGCAGUAUUGUGCAGGUAUAAGUGUGGCUACUCAUUACUGUACACACAACAUGAGAGGACGACACAGUUCAGGCAGAAGCUAAGGGUCUUGGUCUAAAUGUCUGACGUUUACACGUUACAGAGAUGUAGUGAAACUAAUUAUGUAUCGUCUGUGUUUUCCUCUGACUUGGGAUCAUUGUCGGUCUGGUGAGGAAUCCUUUUGUGAAGGUUUCUUAGUCCCAUAUAAACGGUUUAUAAGAAGGAUUUUUCAUUUAAUGCGAAUUACUUGGAAGACUGUCAGACUUUAACUUGUAACUUAUUGCACUGAUUAUUAAAGUAGUCAUUUUGAGGUAUUUUGGAAGUCAAGAAAGAAGAACGACAUGAGUUGUGUGAGCUGCAGUUAACUGCCUAAAGGUUACGUUGAGAUAAUCUAGAGAAAGAAGAUUUUAGAGAUUGUAUAGAGAUAUUAAGGCACAAAGUUCAGUACCCUGUGGAUUUACAUAGUCAGGUGUACAGUUUAAGGUAAAGAGAGUCUAUGUAUUAUAUAUAAAUCUAGUCAUCCACGUUAACUCAUGCACCUUUUAACCUUCACCCUUUUGGUGGUGUUUGUUUUUGUCUGUAUAUGCAGGGUUUUUUAGAUUUUUAUAUAUUAUUUAUGCGGUGGUAAGACUUUCUCGUCACCGUUCUAUCACGAGUCCUUUUCGGAGGUGCGCGUGAUGGGGACGUACUUUGCGGGUGUCUCGUUGAUAUGCCAACGAACAGUCUUCUGUUGACCUCUUGAAUGUGAAAGCAUAAUUCUAAGUUAAAGGGAAGCCUCACUGCUCCCACAGUACGCAGAGGAACGAUUUAGCAGCUUUUUACACCCUGAAUCGUUUGAAUGAGUUUGGCGAGAGUCAGUUUGAUGCUCUCAAAGACUUCACAUAGUUUUUGUUCUCAAAACGUUAAGGAAAUUCACUGAACGACUGCUGUUCACAUUUUCGUUUUCAUUUAAUUUAUUCGAUUCCUUGUUUAUUUCACUCUGAAAUGUGAAUCUAGCUUUUUUGUAAUGUCACUGAACCCCACGCUUCACUCCGGGGGGAGGGCGAAACCUCUUUGUACAUGGUGAACAGUGUCAGAGCUCUCCCCUCCACGACAGCAGUCCAAGCAGCAUGUCAGCAUACUCUACUCUAGUGUUGUUCUUUCUUUCCUCUGUGUGUUUAGUAUUGCAAGGAAUCAUUGAAAACUAUGGCAGAUUUAACUUUUAACACAAAUAAGUAUCUUGUAAAACUGCUAUGUAGUGCUAACAUACUAUAGGUGGCAAUUACUUGCAUGAACUUCGAACCUAAAUUUUUGGUGAUUUGCAUUUCAUUCUUGGUUUAUUUUUUACUGAAUGCUGGUGACCUAUGCUCCGCUAACAAUUUUCAGAGCUUUGUAAGUGCAUAUAACUAUUUUUGUCUCAAGAUGAUGAUGAUAAUGAUGAUGAUUAUGAUGAUUAUGACUAUCACGGUCGAAAAAUAUAUAUGUAAUGAUGAUGAUUGUAUAGCAUGCUUUUGUACAGGGUUUCGUUGUUGUCUGAGCAGUGUUGGUUGAUCCUAAGUGAAGUUUGCCAUGAGGUUUCUACAAAAGUGGCUGCUGUUUCUCCAGUCAGUUCAGGCUAUCAGACUUUGCAUUUAGAAUAAAUCGGGUAGAGAUGACAUGAUACCACUUUGUCUUUUCCGAUAUUAAGUAUUGGCUGAUACCAAUUCGAUACUUUUUCUCUAAAAGCUAUAAAGUGAGCUAUUUUUAAUUUAUAUCACUUAAGAUGAAUAUCUAAAAGUAUAGAAACUACUCAAACACUAUCCCCCAGAUUAACAACAUGACGCCACACAGUGUGAAGAUGUGCUAUUUACUCAAUUCAAGAAAUUAAUCUUAAAAUUUACAUUCUCAACAAAUUAACUCACUCUGUACUUUUCAAUUUGAGUGAUAAACAGGGAAUCUGUUGGUCAUUAUAAAGCCAUGUUCAGGAGUCAGCACAAGGGGGAGUUGUUAGCAACCAAUUGCUUUAUGUGCAUCAUUGAAAGAGAGGAAACCCACACCAACAGGAGCUCAUUAAUACAUAUAUGUUUGUAGUUAAGUUAAAUGAUAGCUAUUAGAAAUUGCAUGUAUAUGAUUACUCAAUUAAUCAUCAAAGUAAUCACUAGAACACUCGAUUAUUAAUAUAAUCGAUAGCGACAGGUCUAGAUUUGUUACAGGGUUGGUAAAUAUAGCUGCUGUCGGGACAAAACCUUGUAUCUCCAUUUUUGUCAUUUUUCAUUUUGUGACACAAUUUGAAAAAAAUUGUUGCCCAUUAGGUUGUGUCAAAAUUUCAUGAUGAACAGACCAACAGAAAUGGUCCAAAAUUACUUGGAAAAAUACAUUUCUUCAUUUACUUCCAUUAAAAGUCAAGAAUGUUUUUCCUCGUCCUGUAAAGGUACCUUUUUGGAGAUAUAAAUUUUUGUUCCAACAGCAGCGAUAUGCUGAUAUCAGCCUGACACCAAUACCUGGUACAGGAUCAAUGCCAUCUCUGAGAUUGGGCUUUGGCUGACCAUCACUAAACAUCAUUUUUGAAUGUUGGUUUCUUUAGUAUAUGUGGUGUUGGGCAGAGAAGGGACAGUAGCUUGGCUGAAGUUUGGCUCUGCUUUGCUGAAGUGCGCUAAUUUGAAAACUGCCCUUUUGAUGGUGCUGUCUACCACACAUAGAAUGAAUCAUCCUGUUUGCCAGUAUUUUAUAAGCCUCAAGAAAUGUGUCAAACACAAUGUCCUGUUGCUGAGAUUACUCAAGGUACUUUCCUAUUAAAAUUCCACCUACUGGAACUGGUAGCCAGUCAACACGAGUAAAGCAGAAGGAAUGGGUGAUGUAACCUCGUGGCCAAUAACGGUCUGUAUGUAUGUGUGUAAGUGUGGAUGAACAUUGCUGCGUUCCACUUCUAGUGACACCUUGCUGCUCUUUCAACAUCAAGCCAAUAGCUAUUUGUAGUGUUUCCUCCUCAACUCCUCUUUUCCCCCUCUUUUGGUUCAAUUUGAUCCUUUUUUGAUUUCCACGACGCUGAGCCUUCUCGAGUUCUCGUUUCAGGUCUCAUUUUAGGAGGAUAUUUGUAUAUAAUCUCUUAAACGUAAAACGAGAUUAUGUGAGUCCUAUAUGAUUAUUAGAAAAAUUAGUUUACAAUGAGUCCCAUGUUUCUCUUGAUUAUUCUUAUGAUUAUUCUUAUCUGUUCUUCCAAUGUUCCCUCUUGCUCUCUCUCUUUCUCUCUCUCUCUCCCCUAUAACUUAAGGAAAUGUGUUAAGAUGUUAUCAAUAUGUUACCAAUAAAAGGAAAAAUGUCAACAUGAA